AUGAUCAAGCAGAUAUUAAAUAGGCUUCCUAAGAAAGUAUCGAAAACGGUGGAAAAUAAUGAAGGAGGUGGAACAUCAACUUCUUCUUCGACUGCGUCAAACAGUGUGAGAAGUAGUUAUGGAAACUCAACUGUUUCAUCGGUUUCAGGUGUUGAUUCCAAUUCGAGCCUUGGACUAAAUCAUGGUGACAUGCUUGUACAAGCAACAAACUCGAAACUGAAUCUGAAUGGUAGUUUGUUGGCUUCUUACGAAGCCUUGCCGAGUUUUCGUGAUGUUCCAAAUUUAGAGAAGCCGAAUUUGUUUAUAAAAAAGUUGCAAAUGUGCUGUGUUGUAUUUGACUAUACCGACCCUUCGAAGAACGUUAGAGAAAAAGAGAUUAAGCGACAAACGCUAGUUGAACUUGUGGAUUAUGUUACUUCCGCUAAUGGCAAGUUUACGGAUAUUAUGAUGCAAGAGAUCGUGAAAACGGUGUCGGUAAAUUUGUUCCGGACGUUGACUACUCCACCACGCGAGAACAAGAUUCUUGAAGCCUUUGAUAUGGACGAGGAAGAGCCUUCGAUGGACCCUGCAUGGCCUUACUUGCAAAUCGUGUACGAACUUCUUCUUAGGUUUGUCACGUCGCCCGAGACCGAUGCAAAGUUAGCGAAAAGAUAUGUUGAUCAUUCGUUUGUUCUCAGAUUGUUAGACCUUUUUGAUUCAGAGGAUCCCAGAGAGCGCGAUUACUUGAAGACGGUUCUUCAUCGAAUAUACGGGAAGUUUAUGGUGCAUCGACCGUUCAUCAGAAAAGCAAUCAACAAUAUAUUCUACCGUUUCAUUUUUGAAACCGAGAAACACAACGGCAUUGCAGAACUGUUGGAAAUUUUGGGAAGUAUAAUCAAUGGAUUCGCUCUUCCGUUGAAAGAAGAGCACAAGCUGUUUCUCCUUCGAGCUCUUAUUCCUCUUCAUAAACCGAAAUGCAUACCGAUGUAUCACCAGCAGUUAUCUUACUGCAUCACACAGUUUGUAGAAAAAGACUGCAAGCUUGCCGAUACUGUUAUACGCGGAUUGUUGAAAUAUUGGCCGAUAACAAAUAGUUCUAAGGAGGUUAUGUUCCUAGGAGAGCUGGAAGAAGUUUUGGAUGCAACACAACCUGCAGAGUUUCAGAAAUGUAUGGUACUCUUGUUUCGCCAAAUACGACGUUGCUUGAGCAGUUCACAUUUCCAGGUAGCAGAGAGGGCGUUGUUCUUAUGGAAUAGUGAUCACAUUCAAAACUUGAUCAAGCAGAACAACAAAGUCAUACUUCCCAUAGUCUUACCUGCUUUGGAGCAAAAUGCACGGAACCACUGGAACCAAGCCGUCCGAAGCUUGACAAUAAAUGUCAGCAAGAUUUUCUUGGACUUUGAUCAUGCAUUCUACGAAGAAUGCAUGAUCAAAUUCCGAGAAGAUGAAGCGCAAGAGAAUGAUAUGAAGUCAAAAUGUGAAGCCAGAUGGAAGCGUUUGGAAGAAAUGGGAGGCAUGAGAGCUCCAACCAACGAACCGGUUUUGGUUUCUACGAAAGCUGCAUCGUACGCAUCUCCCGGUAAGGCAAGUAGGCCUCAAUUGGAAUGA